UCACCAGUUCAGCAUACAACGCUACAACCUAUCCACUCCCACCUCACCAAGCUGUGCAUCUCCGUGCAGUUGUCUCCCAGCAUUUGCCUUCCCUAGCGAGCGGAAUCGUAAACGAGGUCCACCUCGGCUAGUGUCAUGACUUUGCAACCAAUAAACCCAGUCUCGGACAGCAGGGUAGAGCACCGCAACAGCUCUCUGAAUGGCCACAAUUACCACUACCUAUAUGGCGAGCCCGCGGGCGGUCAAUACAAAGCUACCGUGUUCUUGAUUCAUGGUUGGCCCGAUUGUGGCUCAGCAGGAUGGCGCUACCAGAUACCGCUUCUGCUCGACAUGGGUUUCAGGGUUGUAGUCCCAGACAUGAUGGGAUAUGGAGGCACGGAUGCUCCAGAAGUUCCACCGAACGACAUCUCUUUGUAUUCCUACAAACGAGCUGCAGAUGAUAUUGCGGAGCUUGCCAAAGUGAUCGGCGCACAGCAGAUCAUCUUGGGAGGCCAUGAUUGGGGAGGCAUGAUUGUGUACCGCACUGCGCAAUGGCACCCUAAACUCAUAACUCAUGUCUUUGUGGUCUGUACGCCAUAUACGCCGCCCUCCGAGGAGUACAUGUCGAAUGAAGACCUCGUCAGCAAAUUUUUGCCGCAAUUUGGCUACCAGAUCCACCUCGCUUCUGGUGAGGUGGAGCAACACGUCAAUGAUGAGCAAUCAGUAAGGCAGUUUCUCAGAGCCAUCUAUGGAGGACGUACGCCCAGUGGCGAAACUGCGUUUGAUCCAACCAAAGGAAUUCUGUUCGAAAAGCUUCCCCACAUUGGAGAAAGCAAGAUCCUUAACGGCAAGAUCCUCGACCACUACGUGCGAGAGUACAGUCGCCACGGUAUCCACGGCCCUGUGAACUGGUAUCGCACGCGCAAAGUCAACUGGGAGCAUGACCAGGCCCUCCUUGACAAGAAGAAGAUUGAGCAACCACUGCUCUUUAUUCAGGCUACCAACGACAACGUCCUUCGGCCAGAGAUGUCGAAAGGCAUGGAAAAGUUCAUUCCCAACCUGACCCGAGGCGAAGUGGAAGCGUCGCACUGGGCACUUACUCAGACACCAGAAAAGGUAAACGCAAUCAUUGCAAGCUGGAUCGGCAAGCAAAGCUUAGGAAGCCGGAGCUCUUUGUAAGCUCUGACAGCGAGCUUAUCGUAUCGAGGACGGGAACGGCGGGAUGGUAGUGGGGCUCCAUCUAGUGCGACAGGGUCUCCUUACAUGUGGUGUGUACGAGGUGCGUGCGUGCCCGCGUUCUCGGUCACUCCAGCGGGAAGUAUCUCUACUUCCUAGGGCCGUUAUACAAGUGCGAUAUCGGCCAGCACGUUAGCGGAGGUAGACAGCGCACGACUCAGCGCAAACGCUGGUGAGGCAGCAUCGUUGUCGUGCACUUCCCUCAGCAAUUUCAAAUCAUUUACCCGCUU